AUGCCGGACUUAGCAAAGCAGGACAAUAAGCUUUUGAUUUAUAUCAAAUUGAAAGUGUGUAUUAAUGAUGUGCCUUCGAUAGAUAGGAGUUCAGUAUUCCUAGUUAGCUGGUUGCACCAGAGACUUGGUGGUUUGCAUCAGAUAUCUUGGUUUCAGUUUCUUCCUCAUGAUUACGAUUUCAGUACAGCGCCUGAUAAGAGUUUGAAAGGCAACCAGAAAGAUGUGGCAACAUGGGAGGUGCUUUCAGCUCAUCUGCAACUGCAGAAGGAGGGGUUUCUCAGCUCAUGGACUAAUUCCUUUGUGGGGCCGUGGGAUCCUUCACAAGGGCUGCAUAAUCCUGAUGAAAAGAUCAAACUGUGGCUGUUUCUGCCGGGCCAACAUUCUUCUAUUGUUGAGAAGGCACAGCCUGCUGUUGCCAAGUUGAGAGUGCUCGCAUCUGGACUUUGGGUGGCUCCUGGUGACUCCGAAGAAGUUGCAGCUGCCCUGUGUCAGGCUUUGCGAAAUUGUAUAGAAAGCAGAGCUCUUAGAGGGCUUUCAUACGUACGAUUUGGAGAUGUGUUUUCAAAGUAUCAUCCUUUUACACAGAAUGAAGAACUAUUCCGGAAGGGUCAACCUGUAGCUGAGUUUAUCUUUGCUGCAACAGAAGACACAAUAUUUGUUCAUGUCAUCAUAUCUGCUAAACAUGUCAGAGCGCUUUCAAGUGGUGACAUUGAACCAUUCCUCAGAGGUUCUAGUAGACGAUCCUCAGGCCAAAUUUCAGAGAGUGUCUCGUUUAUCCUUCCCAUUCGUACGCUUCCUUACCUCAGUUGGUAUCAGAAGUCAACACGAUUCACGAUGCUGUCGCGAAAACAAGAUGCUGCAAACGAUAGGUGUGUCGCCGCCAUCUACAACCUGAGCCGUCGGACCGAGUGGUUUGGCCGCCAGCUCGAGACGAUGGGUCGUGAGAUUGCAGAUCUGUCCGCGGAGAUUGGGGACAUACGUCUAACUAUCCGUACCAUGGUUCGGGACAAGCAAAUGUACCAUGACGCCAUGCUCUUAGGCAUUGUGAUGACAAUUUCGGAUGUAUCCGAUCAGAAAAAAAGGAAGAAGGGCGGCGGAAGGGAUGGUGAUCAGAAUUUCUCUGAUACCAUAAAAGAGUUUAUGCUGUUAAGUCUGAAACUUAUCUACAUUGUUUCAGUUGUUGUCUCCCCUCAUGGAAUGCGUGGGAAGCUCACGGGAUAUUGUCCUGGUGAUCUUGUCAAACAAGUGUAUCUGAGCACCGGGAAGGUUAGAGGUUCCAAUGGGAUUGUUGGUCUUCCUUACAGUGCUGCUCAAGUAUUAGGCCUGCCAUCUCAAAUGAGGGGUCAAAACUGCUUUGUUGAAGUGACCCUUGGUUGCAAUGACCAGACGUUGCAAAAAGAUGACAACUCACAUAGUGACUUUUCUCAGCCUCAUGGUACCGAGUCUCUAGCUGCAGGACUAGGUACGCAGAGGUGGCCUUCAACAAAGCCCCCAGUUACUGAACAGAUGUUUGUUUAUCCGGCUGAGGCUGUCCUUGUUCCAGUUUUCCAGACAUCUUUUGCUAGAUCGUCUUUGAAGAGAUUUUGGCUGCAAAACUGGGUUGGUCCAUCAUUGACGGGUUCAUCGCUUUUCAUGCAUUGUGAUGACAAGCUAGAUUCAAGGGGUGGAUCUUCAUUUGAACCCAGUGGAACAUAUCGCAGCAGUAGUAACAGUAACAGCAGUAGCAAUUGCACCAUAAGUAGUUCUUCAAGUGACAGUGAUAACAAUACCUUGGGUACUGGUGAUCUAGACGCAGAUGCAGAUUCUUUGAUGUCCAGACAGUCUGGUCUAUCAUCAUUGGGUCAAAUGCAGAAUGAUGGCCGCCAAUUGGGUUCUAAAAGGCCACGGAUUGCGACAUCUGAGUCUUUUGGUCAAGGAGGCAUGGUUUUAAAUCCUUCCAUGACUGAUUACGGUACAAUGGAAGUCAACAAUAUUUCCUCCAGUGGGGUUGCAAAUGAACAGAUAGGUCCCGAAUGGGGAUGGGAUGAUGAUAGAGGCUCAGGAAUGGAUAUUCAAGCGUUGCUGUCAGAGUUUGGUGAUUUUGGUGAUUUCUUUUUGAACGAUGCUUUGCCUUUUGGCGAGCCUCCAGGAGAUGCUGAGUCUCAAGCUCCCAUGUUUCCUGCACCUGAAGGUGGAGAUCUGUGUAGCAGUCCAAGCAACUCUGUGAUGGAUGUGUCAGACCAGAUGCUUCUACCUGUAGCUUUUCCAACUCUAGAUAGCUUUAACCACCUGCAGGCUGCUGCCUCUGUGGAAGAUUUGACAAGCAAAAAUCAAGAAGCCCUGAAGAAUACUGCGUCUGGUCAAGUUACCUCCACUCUUCCAUCUGUCAACCGUGAGUUCGAUCAUGUUGUAAAGGCUGAGGCAUUGAUGACAUUUGCUCCAGAAUAUGGGUGUGUAGAAGCCCCCAGGAAUGACAUUUCCUCUGUCAUUAUUCGAAGUCCUUAUGUUCCAAAAUCUUGCAAAGUGGACUCUGCAUCGAGUUCAAACAAUUAUGUAUAUUCUGCUACACCACCUUCUUCUCCUUGCUGUGAUGGAUCUGAUGAGAAGUUGCCUACAAGUUUGAAAGCACGUACAGAGAAAAAUGAUGCCAGUUCCCUUUUAAGAUCAAAAAACUAUUACACCCAUGUUGAUUGUGGGAAAAAGCAAUAUAGUGGAACUAACAAUGGCUUUUCUAAAGCUGAGGCUGGAGGGGCAUCAUCACAAUUUAAAAAAACUGGCAAUGCGGUUUCAACUAAAGCUGCUGAAGUCUCGCUGAGAGAAGAUACUUUUCUUCCAUCUUCAAGAACUGUCCUUGCAACAGGUAUUGAGUGCCUUGUAUGCCAGGCUUCCAUGUGCAGGCUUCGACAUACACUGCUGUCGCCUAGCAACCUAUCACUUUCUGGCUUGAGUGGAUUGCCUGGAAAUAGCACACCCAGUCAGAUCCAUGCAGAUUCUAGCACUAUUAUGGACAGCAUGUCAAGCAGAUCCGAGUUUAAAAAGAAAGAAAUCAUCCCUGCUCGGUUAGCUGGUGAUAUAGAUGGAGGAAUGCGAGAGCCUUUGACUGCUCCUGUUGGUGUCUGGCGAUCUGUUGGUAUCCCAAAAUCUACCAAAACAAGUACUUCCACCAUGGAAGUUGGCCAUUCCAUGCCAAAUAAUUCAUUCAUAGAAGAAAACAUACUUUCUUAUGGGCUUCGCCAACCACUUCAUGAACUUCUUGAUAGCUUUGCAUUGCUUGUCCAGCAAGCAGCUUCAUUUGUUGAUGUGGCUCUGGAUUCAGACUGUAGUGAUGGUCCUUAUUGUUGGCUUGCGCUUCAAGAGCAGAAGAAUCGUGGAUUUUCCUGUGGACCUUCCAUGGUGCAUGCUGGUUGUGGGGGACUUCUGGCUUCUUGUCAUUCCCUGGAUAUUGCUGGCGUGGAACUUGUUGACCCGCUGUCAGCCGAUGUUCUUGCAUCUUUAACCAUUAGUUUGCUCCAGUCAGACAUAAAAGCAGCCCUAAAAUCUGCGUUCAGCAAUGUAGAUGGUCCUCUAUCUGUAACUGAUUGGUGUAGGGGCCGUAGUGCAUCCAUUGACUCAGGAAUGGCUUGUGAUGGAGUUUCUGUAGAGUCCAUUGCAAGUGCAAGUGAAUGUCGUGAUUCAGUUACCGUUUCCGUUGGGGAAGCCAUGAGUCCAUCUUUGGCAUCUGCUGGUGGAGGGUCUGGCCUUAAAACUGAUGGAGCUAGGAUGGACGAGUCAGCCACUUCCACAUCAGAAUUGGAUCAGCAACAAUGCUCACGCAUCCGGCCCACACUUUCAGUUGUUCCAUUUCCUUCCAUACUUGUUGGGUACCAAGAUGAUUGGCUUAAAACUUCAGCUAGUUCUUUACAUGUAUGGGAGAAAGCUCCUCUUGAACCAUAUGCGACUGCAAAACAUAUGAGCUACUAUGUUGUCUGUCCAAAUAUUGAUCCACUAAUAUCGGCUGCUGGUGAUUUUUUCUUGCAACUUGGAACAGAUAUCAAGAAAAGUGUUGAUAAGUUUUCUGAGUCUUGUGACAUAUUGUGGUGUUCUCUAAUCCCAGUUUAUGAAACCUGCAAGCUGGGAACUCAUGCACCCCAAAGCCUUGGAAACGAGAUGGAGAUAGAUUCUGGAAAAAUAUCGCCUGGUUUUGUCUUUCUCGAUUGCCCUCAAUCAGUGAAGAUAGACAGUAAUAAUGCAUCUAUGUUGGGAUCAAUCAGUGAUUAUUUUCUUUGUCUAUCUAAUGGUUGGGAUCUGACUAGUUACCUAAAGACUCUCUCUAAGGCUCUUAAGACCUUGAAGCUUGGUUCAUCUGUGAGUAUGAACACAAAGGAAGGAAAUGGCGGGCAGUGUACGGUAGUCUACGUGGUGUGCCCCUUCCCCGAGCCUCUUGCAGUUCUACAGACAGUGGUCGAAUCUUCUGUUGCAAUAGGAUCAGUUAUUCGGUCUUCGGACAGAGAACGGAGAACCAUGCUACACAAUCAAGUGGCAAAAGCCCUGAGCUACCCAUCUGCCGUUGACGAGUCCUUUUCAAACGUUUUGACUCUCACUGGAUUCAGCAUCCCGAAGCUGGUACUCCAGAUCGUGACCGUUGAUGCCAUUUUCAGGGUCACUAGCCCCUCCCUCAACGAGCUCGUCAUCUUGAAGGAAAUCGCUUUCACUGUUUACAAUAAAGCUCGCCGAAUUUCACGUGGGCCCCCCGGUGAGACAACAACGAUGACAUCAUCCUCAUUGGUGCAGGAAAGAUCUCAUUCGGUCGUGAUGCCAAUGACUUCACCUGUUCCUGGUAUGUGGAAGGAUUGUGCUGGCCCCCGAAUGAUGGGCCCACCUCUUCAGAGAGAGAGUGAUCUCGAUGCAAUGAGACAAGGUUCUUGGGAUAACUCGUGGCAGAACGCAAGGGAUUCGAACAAAACAACUGGAGAUAGUUUCCCGCAAAACGAUAUCCGUUGUCUAUUCGAGCCGCUUUUUAUACUGGCAGAGCCCGGUUCCUUAGAUCGUGGACUUUCUCCCUUUGUGGUGACAAAUCCAGCCGAUCCAUCAAAGCCGUUAUCUGAUGAUUGUGUUAGCACGAGCUUUGUGCAGAGUUCUACUUCAGGGAGUGGAGAUAACAAUGGGUCCGCUUCUCAGCACGACUCCACGGAUUCAGAUAGUUUUGGGUCGGGCAAUCGGAAGCUGCUUCCGAGCCUGCAUUGUUGUUACGGGUGGACUGAGGACUGGCGCUGGAUGGUGUGUAUAUGGACGGACUCGAGAGGGGAGUUACUCGAUAGUUAUGUGUACCCCUUUGGUGGAGUCAGUAGCCGGCAGGAUACAAAGGGCCUGCAGUCUAUUUUUAUCCAAAUAUUGCAACAGGGGUGCCAGAUUCUUCAGUCGUGUUCUCCUGAUCUUAAUAAUGUGAAGCCUAGGGAUCUUGUUAUUACGCGUAUCGGAUGCUUUUUUGAGCUGGAGUGCCAAGAGUGGCAGAAGGCUCUGUACUCGGCCUGGGGUCCGGAAGUGAAAAAGUGGUCCUUACAGCUCAGGCGAUCUGCCCCUGAUGGAGUCCCCGCUGCUAGCAACGGGAACCCUUUGCAGCAGCAAGAGAUGAAUAUGAUGCAAGAGAGAGUAAUACCUUCUUCACCAAGUCCAUUGUAUAGCUCCCAUUCUAAAGGGUCGAGCGGAUUCAUGAAAGGUGGACAAAAUUCGUCCAGGAAGCAGAUAAUGAGUGGGCAUUCAGCUGUGGACAACUCAAAGGGCUUACUGCACUGGGUGCAGAGCAUCAGUUUUGUGUGCGUCUCGAUUGACCAUUCCUUGCAACUCGUGUACCAAGCGGAUUCAAAUUCUCCUGGAACAAGCCAAGGCAGCAGCACCACCGCCACGUCAGCACAGUCGAUCAGCUACCUGGAGGGAUACACCCCCGUCAAAUCCCUCGGCUCCACCCCUUCUUCCUACAUCCUCAUCCCUUCCCCAACCACCCGCUUCCUUCCCCCUCCUUCCCUUCAGCUCCCCACUGUCCUCACCGCCAGCUCACCACCCUUAGCCCACCUCCUCCACAGCCGGGGCUCUGCCGCCCCUCUCUCCACGGGCUUCGCCGUCUCACGGGCCGUCCCCUCGGCCCGUAGGGCCCACACCACCCGAGACGAGUGGCCCUCCGUCCUCUCUGUCAGCCUCGUCGAUUAUUACGGCGGCAGCAGCCACGAUAAGCCGCCUCCGCCGCCACCUCCGGCGGCCGGAAAAAGUGGCGGCAAGGCGGCGGUGAAGGAAUUGGAGGCGGAGACUUGUUCGGUGAUGGAGUCUGUGGCGGCUGAGCUGCAUGCUUUGUCGUGGAUGACGGUGAGCCCGGCGUAUUUGGAACGGAGGUCCGCUCUGCCGUUUCACUGUGACAUGGUCCUCAGGCUAAGGAGGCUGCUCCACUUUGCGGAUAAGGGCGUGCUGAGGAAUCGUUAA